AUGGCCUGGGAGAGGCUGGAGGAGGCCGUUGAGGCUCAAAAAGGCCAUGGCUGGGCUGGUCCAUUGUGCGCCGUCGAAGCUCCUGAAGGCGAGGAACUGCUGCUCAUGGUGGGCGGCUCAGCGCCCUCGAAGCGAAAGAGGUCGACCGACUUCGAGGACCUCCCGGGAGACGACGUGCCCAUGGAGCUUUGGUCUCGGCCCCUGCGAGGCGGUACCCAGCCGCCUUGGGUGCGCUCAGUCUUGGCCUUUCCACCGAAGCCCCGCGGGGGUGCCAGCCUCACCACGCUGAGCUCGGGGCGGCUGUUGCUCUUUGGUGGGCGAAGCUUGGGCAGGUGUCUCUCGGAUGUGCACAUUCUGCAGCUCGAAGUCCAGAAGGAUCACAGGAAACCGGACAGCGAGGCGGACUCCGACAGCGAGGCCGAAGCGAUCUUCUUUGCCUCUGAUUAUCGAGCUGCCUGCCGUUCGGGCAAGCAUGCUGCAGCACAGCCCAAACCCCUUCAGGAGCUCGUGAGGGCCUCACCCGGUGAGGACGAGGACGAGGACGGAACGGAGGAAGACUCGGGCUCGGAGGAACCUGAGAGGUUGAAGGCCGGUACGCAACGAGCGAUGCCUUGCAGCACCCAAGACGUUCUGGCUCUGGCCACACAGGUGACGAUGACCCGACGAGGCGACGCGGAGGCCGAAAACCGCACCUUCCCCAAGCAGGGCGCCGAAGCCGCUUCCUCCCGCGGUGUGGAUGCUCGAUGGCGGCAGCCGCAAGCCCUCGAAGAGCACACGCCGCCCAGGCCGCGGGCAAACCACACAGCGGUGUUGCAGGUGCCCCUGGUCUGUGGCGAGACACCUGCGGUGCUCGUGUAUGGCGGCCUUGGUGAUGGUGGGCUCCCACUGGGGGACACCUUUCAGCUCCGGAUCCUGGAAACGGAGGAUCACUCCUUAGAGUUUGUUUGGAGCUGCUUGGACACCGGAGGCAAGGAGCAUUGCGAGACAGCACCCUGGGAACAACAAAGCGCACCGAGGCCUCGCUUAUGCCACUCCGCCGUUUUUUGGCCUGGCAGCCAGCGGAGCAUGGUCAUUUUUGGUGGCCUUGGCAUGGGGUUGGAAGGCGAACCGAAAGCACAAGGAGAUUGUUGGAUGUACAUGGUGGGCCAACGCAAUGCCAAGGCCGCCACGGGCGCCACGGGCUGGAAGCGUCCGACCACCAGCGGCGGUGCUCCUGCGAAGCGCUAUGGGCAUGGAGCAUGCUUGGCCAACGAUGCCAUGGUGAUUUGUGGCGGAAUGGAUGACACGGGAGAGUUGGCUGAUUGCUGGCUCUUGCAGUUCUCCGAGAUGCGCUGGGAGCAGCUGGAGAGCCCCAUGCCUCGAGCGCCUCGAGAGCUGGGACGCUGUGAACUGCUCUGGUCCUCCUUUACCCAAGCGGCCUUGCUUUGGAGUUGCCAUGGAGCGGCCUUGCUUCGCACCACAGGCCCUGCGCCGAUCCCUCGCGGAGAGCGGCAGCACGAGCAGCGCGAGCGCUGGCGGUCGAAGGAGCCAGAGCGGUCCUUGCCCCCGGUGCGCGCUGGGCCCUGGAAGGCCUGUCCUCCGGAUGCCGAUGCCUACCAGUCCUGGCCGCAGCAGACACCACGGAAGGCCGAAAAGGAGAAACUGCCGCGCCCGGUUGCCUCCGCCGUGGGCAGCGCGCGCCGCCCGAGCGCUGGGCCCCGCGCGGCGCCGGCCGAGCUGGCACCGGUGAAGCCUCCGCGCGCGAAGCGCUCCGUGUCGCGGAUCAGCUGA